CUAGGAAACUAUUAUCAGCCUCAAACAGAGACAGAAAACCCUCUUUUCUUUUGAUGCAAAGCUCUUCUUCCCUCUCUCCAAAUCUUUUGUUCUUUCCCCCUUGUGCAACUUUGAAGACCCCACAGAAGAAAGAAAAUUAGUUGUAUCAGGCGGGACUAGAGAGAAAGAAAGAUGAGUGGUACCGGGCAUAAUGGAAGUGGUCCUUGUGGUGCCUGCAAGUUUCUCAGGCGAAAAUGCUUAAAGGGAUGCAUAUUUGCACCCUAUUUUGACCCGGAACAAGGUACAGCUAACUUUGCUGCAGUCCACAAAGUGUUCGGAGCUAGCAACGCUUCCAAGAUGCUGCUGAGAGUUCCGGCUCAUAAGCGUCUGGAUGCCGUGGUUACACUUUGUUAUGAGGCUUUGGCUAGGAUUAGAGACCCUGUCUAUGGCUGUGUUGGCCACUUAUUUACUCUUCAACAGCAGGUUGUGAAUCUGCAGGCGGAGUUGGCUUGUGCUCAAGCCCGACUUUCCACACUGCAGCGGCUACCUUCGAUGCUGCCUCCACCAGCUCAGGGUCCCUCGCCGGGCAAUUUCCAAUCUUGUACUGCCAAUGCAUCCUCAAUCCACAAUCUUGAACCUCCAUUGCCAUCGGAGCAAACUUCCAUGGAUAUGGAGGGCUUUUCCAACCCAGUAAAUGAUCGGGACUUGGGAGGUGGAGACGACCUUCAUGCAUUUGCUCAGGGUUUUGUUUCUAGAUACUUGCCUGAAGUCAAAUUCAAGCCUUGUACCUCCCCUUGAAAUUCCAACAGACUUGCAACGUUUUUGUUGUUUUGGGGUUGAGUUUCAAGCAGUUUUUUGUAUGUAAUUUAAAUGUAACCGGAAGGCAUUUCUGAACCUUAAAAAACUGUGUUUGAAACUGCAAAUAUCAACAUCAGCCUCGUCCAGUUUUGAAUUCUUUCGGACAGCAAAAAUGAAAGGGAAUUCCCUUCCCAUCAAGUAUUUUUGCUGGACCAAAUUUUCUAUUAAUGCUAUAAUGGUUCAAGAAUUAUGUCAA